CAAAUAUAUAAUACUUUCGUAUUCAUUCUGAAUCCAGACGGUUCAUCGACGGCACUUUACCUUGACGUUUUAAAGAUGCUACUUCACUACGAUAGGCAAAAAUCUUUGGUUUUCUUUUAUUCCUGACCAAAUUUUCCAUUGACUUGAAGCUACUAACAUUUUUUAGCAUCUUUUAUUCUUCCAUACUUACCAUUGUGAAGAAUGAAAGGAGGGAAGAAUAAAAAAUCAAAUAUACAAAUGGAGUAAAACAUUUUGAAAUUGCAUCACUAAAAUCAUCUGCGAUAAUAAGCAUAUGCAGACUUGUGAUUUGAACACAAGUGAAAGUUUAGUUUCAGGGCAAGGCGUUGAGGAUUGAGAUAGAUGAAGUGCUUAGGAGGAGGAAGGAAAGAGCAAGGUAGCAACACCUCUUCAGGUGGGCCUGGAGCCCUGGAGGGGGACAACUGGCGAGGAUGGCCUCUUCAGCGCCGCUGCGGACUCAGGUGCUGAGCAUGUACCGCCAGAUCCUGCGCGCGGCGCGCACGUGGCAGGCGGCGGACUCGUCCGAGACGGCCGAGCAUCGCGCCUACAUCCGCGCCGAGGCCGGCCAGCUGUUCCGGCGCCACUCGGGCGAGACGGACCCGGAGCGCGUGCGCCAGUACCUGACCGAGGCCGAGAGCCGGCUGGAGCUGGCGCUGCACUACGGCACGCCGUACCCGCGGCCGGUCAACCUGCCGCCGGGCGCGCUGGCGCCGCGCGACGGCCGGCCGCUGGGGCGUGUUCAGCUGCGGCGGCGCGCUCGCAGCCGGCCCGUCUACACCCGCUCCGAGGACGAGCUGAGCGGGCUGGACCGGUGACCGGCGCGGACCGGUGGUCGGUCGGUCGGCGUCCUCUCCUGACUGGACUGAGAUCGAGAGUAACGCCUAACUUUGCUAGAUGCCGGUGUCCGCAGUAUAUGUCUCAGCCCGGCAGAGCUGGGAACUGGGCGGUGCAGCAUGUUGUUACCAGUGUGUAAUGAAAGCAUUUGCCGCCCUGGCUCGUCGUUUAUGUUCCCCGCUACGGCUGAUGCACGUAUAACUGUUAACAAGAGCUGUGGGGUGAACUGAACUCAAGCUGCGGUCGGUUUAUGACUCAUGUUGUCUGGUCCUCAGUAUGGUGUCAGUUUCAUCAGUAGGUAAUCGAGCCUAUUGACUCAUGGUGCUACAGCUGUAGCUAUCGUGUCUCACCGUUGUUUGAACCGAGCGUUAUGAGUGAAAUACAUUGUUGAAUAAAUGAAAUACAACU